GGGACAGAGCCGGGGAGAUUUUUUUUUUUUUGCCCCCAAAAGUUGGGGUGCGGGGAGAUUAGAAGGUACGAUGGCUUCCUCGUCGGGCAACGAUGAUGAUCUCACCAUCCCCCGAGCUGCUAUCAAUAAAAUGAUCAAAGAGACUCUGCCCAAUGUGCGGGUGGCGAACGACGCCCGGGAGCUGGUGGUGAACUGCUGCACUGAAUUCAUUCACCUUAUUUCUUCCGAGGCCAAUGAGAUUUGCAAUAAAUCGGAGAAGAAGACCAUCUCGCCGGAGCACGUCAUCCAAGCACUGGAAAGUUUGGGCUUUGGUUCUUACAUCAGUGAAGUGAAAGAAGUCUUACAGGAAUGUAAGACUGUAGCAUUGAAAAGGAGAAAGGCCAGUUCUCGUUUGGAAAACCUUGGAAUUCCUGAAGAAGAGUUAUUGAGACAACAACAAGAACUAUUUGCAAAAGCUAGACAGCAACAAGCAGAAUUGGCCCAACAGGAAUGGCUUCAAAUGCAGCAAGCUGCCCAACAAGCCCAGCUUGCUGCUGCCUCAGCCAGCGCGUCCAAUCAGGCAGGAUCUUCUCAGGAUGAAGAAGAUGAUGAUGAUAUCUGAAAUUCACCAGCUGAGUUUCUGUUUCCUCUAUAAAUGUUUUUUCCCUGCACAAGAAAAAAAACAGUGAAAGAAAUGCUAAUCUGUAAUUUUGUAUGCAUCUUGAUGGACUUGCCAUUGGUAUCCUAGGGGUGUCUGCUGUUAAGUUUGAUCUGUUGUGUGCUAUAUAUGUAAAAAUUGUCUCUUUGAACUAUUGAAAAUUUAAGGUUCAGUAUAAUAUCAAUUUUGAAUUUUUAAUGGUGUUUAUGAAAUUUUAGAUAGCAAUGAUUCCUUUAUUUGAUCAAUAAACAGUGUUACAGAAAACUUUCGAGUUUAUAAAAAUACAGUCAAAUUUAUACAGAAGCUCUUAAAAUGCAUUUGUGUUUCCUUGGCCCUUUUAACUAAACUAAAGAUUGGGAAUUUUAAAUUGAGGGAGUGUACUGUGUGAGACAGUAGACAUUGGAUCAGGUUGGUGAAAAAGAAGAGUUAACUUCUUACAGUAUCUGAAUUUUUUCGUCUUUUAAAAUAAGUAAAUAUAUAUGCUCAGAUAAAUACACGUGUUUAGAAAAACUUCAAAAUAAGACAUUCAAAAUGAGGAAGGAGUGUGUUUAAUAUUAGUUGUAUAAGUUUGGUGUGGGUCAUUUUUGAUUUUGUUUUCAUCUUGAAUAGAGGUAAAAGCUAUAGUUUUAUUAUGGCAUAAUUCAUCUUGAGCUAUACUAUUACAUUUCAAAGACUGCCCAAUUUUGAGAACUUUGUAAUUCUUACAGUUUCACUCCAGCUCGAUAAUUGUUAAUAGUAUUAUUUGCUUAGUCCUUCCAUGUUUGUAUCAUUCACAACAUUUUACAGGUGGGACUUGUGAAGCAGUUGCUUGGUUCUGAGGUUCACUAAUAGUCAAAGCUUUGCUAGAGGAAAGAAGUGAAAGUUAAGGAGCAUGCUUGCUGUGAGAGAGGGUUUUGUUUUUUAAUUUAACUUAUAGUUUACUUACUGUUUGUUUUUAGCAUUGUUUUUGCAUUUUCUUGACUAGAUGGCAUAGAGUCCAGCGCUACCUUUUGAAAUACCGUCCUUGUCUCCUUCAUAAAGGAGUGAUAGCUUUAAGAAGGGUUUUGUUUAACAAAGUGUGUCAUAACCGAUCAUCUCUGCAUAAAGCAUAGUUCCAAUGUGCUGGAUGAAAAGAAGCUUUAAUUUGGUUCUAAUAAGGAGUGGUAGCCAUUAGAGGAUUCCAGUGUACUGAAGAAAUGGCAUGUUGUUUGUAUUUUGGAACAGAAAGGAAAAGCUACUUAAGAUGGUAUGAAGUAAUUAAAUGUCUAUCAUUUGCCAAAUUAUUACAAUCUCUAUAUUCCCAAGCUCAAAAAUAGAUGUGACUGCCAGGAUUCCAAUUUUAAUUGGAAUACCAAAUAAGUCAAGUUUAUAAGUAUUACAUUUCUUAAUGGUUGUAUUUUUGCAGUUUUAGGAAAAGGAAAAUCUUGUUGUACAUUUAUUAAGGACACUUCCCUGUGUAGAAAAAGGUUAGUUUUGCUGAAUAUUUCAAGUUGAAGUUACUUCAUGGAUGUCAUAUGCAUGAAGUACGUUUGGAUGAGGUAGAAGGAAUUUUUGUUUAAAGUACCAAAGGUAGUCUAGUCUAGAGAAAUAAUAAGUUAAUAAGUGUUGGCUUUUCUAAUUUGUACUGUAACAUCCUUGUAUUUUCUAUUUUAAGUAUAUCUGUUUCUCAAGUAAACUUAGAUAUUUUUUUCAGACCUUUUUCUUUCUGAUGCAGAAUUCAGGUUAAUUAAUAUUUUACUGCAUCUGAUAAUGUAUUAUAUGUUUGAAGCCUAGUGACUUUUCUUUUUGACAUUCUUGUGAUUUCAUAUGCUGUAUUCUUCGAGCAAUAAAAUUCUGGUGUGUUUUAUAAAUUGUUUUUAUAGUUAAUGAUCCAUAGGAAAAUAUCUAUUUCAUUUUUACUAGUUUCAAGAAUGUUAGGCCCAAAAGAUAUUUUGGUCAUUUUGUAUAUGGUACCUGCAUUUCUUCUAUAUUUAGAAAAUGUGGUUUUACUUUUAAUUUUGUAAUUUACAGUCCUAGGAUCAAGGUAUAAAAGGGUAAGUUUGAAUUAUUUUGCUUUUAGCUUGUUUUUUUAAAUUUAAAAGUCAGUAUUUGCCACUUGUUAAAAAUUUUUAAAUCUUUUGGAGAAACAAAACCUUUUAAAAGCUCUUGAGAAAUAAACUUGUGGUUUAGUAAA